AUGUUUGGACCUCAAUGUAAUCCUCCAGGCGGUCCUCCUCCCGCUACAACAGCUACAUGUAUUCCAGGUCCUCCACGUGGAGUGGAUACUUCAAUUCCUCCCGAAAAGAGAAGUUUUACACAAAUUACCAGUACGGAACAAAAUCUGGGGGAUGGCCUUAUUUUUAUGAAGGUAGGCCAACUUUGUUGGGUCUAA